UUCUGCAAGAGCACUUAUAAGAGGCGGGAGCGAGGCCAAUGGCUGCCUCAGGGAGGCGAACUACAACUCCCAAGAUGCUCCGCGGCUCGCCGGACAGAGCGGGGCGCGCUCCGUGCUGAGAACUACAGCUCCCAUGCAGCACCGCGGCACGCUCUGCGCUCCUAUUGGCUGGCUGGGUGGUUGGCGCCAACCCCGCCUUGGGGCAGCGGAGCUUCGCGUCUCCAUGGCAACGCGUAAACAAAUGGCGGCGUCCAGGCCUGAGCGAGGACGGGAGCGAUAGCGGAGCCCGCUCCGUCUGCUCCGUCCUUAAAACAGCAAAUGGCAGGCGAGCGGAACGGGAGAGAAGACCGCCCCGAGAGGCCCCUUCCUCUUUCUCACGAGCCCCUCGCUCAGGAGUUCCCCGAGGAGCAGCCCCAGCUCGGCCCGCCUCACCGCCAGGACGAGCGGGAGGAGGAGGACGGCGAGGAGGAAGAGUCGGAGCGCUCAGAGGAUCAGCUGAAGGCGGUGCUGGAUGAAGACACCGCCGCUGAGGGACUCCACACCUUGGGCUACUCAGCCCCUGGCACUGAAUAUGCUUUUCUUCACCUCUCACUCCCAGGUCGUGAGCUGAGUGACAUCAGCAUUCUCUCUGGAUUCACUCACCUGCAGAAAAUGGACCUUUCCUCCAAUAAAAUUAACGAUCUAUCCUGUAUCAGUCACAUGCCUUAUUUAACAGAGCUGAAUGCUUCCAAAAACCAGCUGACCACGUAUUUCAAUUUUAAAGCACCUAAAAACCUCAAGGAAGUAGAUUUUUCACACAAUCAAAUCCCAAAAAUGCAAGAUUUGUCAGCGUACUAUUGCCUUACCAAACUCCUGCUGGAUUAUAACGAGAUCGAGGAGCUCGGGGGGCUGGAGCAGUGUCACAGCCUGACCCAGCUGAGUUUGUCACACAACAGAGUCACUGCCAUCGGGGGCCUGGAGAAUCUGCCCAUCAGAACCCUCGACCUGAGCUUUAACCAGAUUGAGAAGGUGAACGGGCUGAAGACCUUGAGAUCUCUGCGGAAGGUGGAUCUGUCCCACAACAAAAUAAACAGCCUGCAAGGCUUGGAGGAGCACGAGCUCCUGCAGGUGAUCAACCUGGAGGACAACCAGGUGGCUGAGCUGAGUGAGCUGAAAUGGAUUAAAGAUCUGCCUCUCCUCAGGGUUUUAAACCUUCUAGAAAACCCUCUGCAGGAACAAGAUGGUUAUUGGCUCUCAGCGAUUUUCAUGUUGCUGCAAGUCACAGAACUGGAUCUCAAGAAGGUUUCAGUGGAAGAAAAGGUCGCUGCUGUGAAUAAAAAGGACCCUCCCCCAGAAGUUGUGGCUGCUGCGGAUCACAGGGUUCACGUUUUUUUCAACUUCCAGCAGCCCCAGAGAGUCCUGGACAGCACUUUGCCCGGUGCUGGUGAAUCCUACCCCAUGCUGGUGUUAGUGGGACCCCUGGCCGGGGGAAGGAGGCAACUUUCUCUCAAAAUCUGCAAACAAUUCAAGAAAUUCUUGAGAUUUGGGCCCUGUCACACCACCAGGAGAGCUUAUUUUGGGGAAGUCAACAGACUCGAUUAUUAUUUCAUUUCUCAAGAAGAAUUUGACAAAAUGGUGGAAACAGGAAAAUUCCUGGCCACCUACAAAUACGGCGGCCACCGCUACGGGCUGGGAAGGGACACGGUGGAAUCCAUCGCCAGGGAGGGGCUGGCUGUCUGUGCCCACCUGGAAAUCGAGGGUGCUCAUAGCUUGAAAAAUACCUAUUUUGAACCCAAGUACAUCCUGUUGGUACCAAAGGACAAAGGGAAAUACCAGGAGCACCUGAGGAGGACGGGAUUGUUCAGCAGGCCAGAGAUUGAAGAGGCAGUGUCCAGAGUGGACAUGUACCUCCAAAUAAACCAGGAUUCCCCUGGAUACUUCGAUGCAGUCAUCAACACGGAUGACCUGGAUGAGGCCCUCACAGAGCUGACUCACCUUGUGAGGGUCUACCUGGGCUUGGAGCCAUCUGAACUUCUCAACACCAUUCAAGGUUCCAGGGAUCAGCUCAGCCCCCAGGAGCCGCCGUCCCCGGCCGAGGGAACUCCCGCACUCAGCCGGACUCCAUCCUUUGGUGACUUCAUGGACCCGAUCACCAAAAACUAUCCCAGAGACCUCCAGGACCUGCUGAUGGCCCCACCAGGCUCUGUGGAGGAAGCCUCUUUCCAAAGACGUUUCUCCGCAGCGCGCCGGGCGCUUCUUCUGCCCAGGGACUCAGAUCCUGAAUCCAAGGGCUCCCAUCAGCAGCUCCCGAAAAAAACAACUCCACCUCUGCCCUCGGAUGCCAGGAGUGUCCUCCAGGAGCAGAACGUGGCUGGCCCAGGGAGCAGAAAGAGUAAAGUUAAAGAAGCCACCAAGGGCUUUAGGGAAUUUGGGCCUGUCAGGGGACCCUUCCUUGUCCCGCCCGACGCAGCUCCGGCCCGAGAUCCGCGCACCGAGGUUCUCAUUCCUCAGAGGGUGGGGAGAGAGGCUGGAGAGGCCAAAGCUGAGCACCAGGAGCCAGGAGGAGCUGGGAAAGGACUGGAAUCGAAAGAGUCUGCAGAGCCUGGUGAGAACCUCCAGAGGAAAUCCAGCAAGGCCAAGUUGGGCUCUUCUCCUGUGCCUCAGCUCCAGCCCCAGCCUGGCUCCCACUCCAAACCCGUCCUGCCUCCAAUCCCGCCUGGACGGAAAAGCUCCAACCCCUGACGGGCCCCUCCAUCCCAAAUUCUGUCACUCUGACUCCUCCUCACCCUGCUUUUCAUCUCUUUCUCUUCAAAAAUCUAUCAGAUAUUAUUGCUGAAUCCAUUUCUGAUUACCUCUC